CUCCCGUCACCCUGCUGUGUCCUCACGUCGCUGGUCGACACCAUCGCCAGCAUCCCACUGCAGCAACCUCCAGGGCUAGCACAGCAACAAGAAGCCAGAACGAACCCGCUCCGCCUCGUGCCCCUGUCGCACCGCUACCUCAUCGUCACGCUGCACGUGCUGUUCCCGGGCCUGGUUCUGCCGGCGCUGGACCUUCUCGACCGCGGGCUGGUCGCUCGGGUCGUCCUCGGGCGUGUUGGCCACCACGGCUAUGGCAACAACACUGUCGCUGCUGGGAGUGCGCCGCAAGAGGCGACCGCUACUGUCAAGCCAGGAGGCGCACCGCUUCCAGCAGAAGCAACGUACAUGGUCCGGCUGGGCGCGUGGAACUGCACCUGCGCGGCGUUUGCGUUUGCAGCGGUGUCUGGGACGACGACUGACACGGCGACGGCGCACACCCAAAACGGCCCUGCUGCUGCUACCGAGACAGAAGCCCAUGGGCCGAAGGACACCGAACUAGUAGUAGAACCAGAGGAGGCAGAGUGGUCGUUUGGGGGGAUGAGUCUGGGCGGCGACACGAGCGAGGGUGAGGGUGAAGAGGGAGGCGGCGACGCGGCGCCCAUGUGCAAGCACCUGCUGGCGUGCCUGUUGGGCGAGAGGUGGCAGGCUGCACUGGGGAGCUACGUUGUCGAGCGCACGGUGACGCGGGACGAGAUGGCGGGCAUUGUUGCCGAUGUGUAG